UGGGCUUCAUUUUCCAUUUGCAAGGAACAGUGUCCAAAAUGUCCAACUGUGUGUCUCACAGCUUAGGCUCUCCAGCUGGUUGGCCUCCGUCAACAUGCUCCGCCCCCUGCUCUUCCUGUCUGCUCUUAUUGGGCCGGUGGCACGUAAGCACACACACGUCAGCCAUUGUGAAACUCCACCCACAAGAACUGUUGAGGGACUUCAGUUGAAUGAACAUAACAAAUUAGUAAAUAAUCUCUGGAAUGAAGCACACUAACAAUGGAGACAUUUCCCCAUGUAACUAAUGAUGGAAUAUGUAAAAUCUGGACUGACCGGGUAUCAAACCCUAUUUUAUUCCUUUGUGAACGUGCAGCCUUUCCUGUUGUCCAACCAGCUGAGAGUCUCUCGUUCUUCAUCUUCUCCAGGUUCUCAGCAGGCUGAUGUUCUUAGAGAAUUUGACAUCAGCUCAUGUGCCUUCCCAUACUUUGGAAAGUCGUACAGUACCGUCUAUAUCAGCAUGACGGAUCAACAUUUUGCAGUCUGUUUCACUGGCUAUUAUGACCCUCAGUCCAGCGGGGACUGUGUUGUGGGGCCUCCAACCACAUCAACAUCGUAUUCCUACGGCAGCAGACAAGCAAACCCGGGAGAUAAAGACAAAUACUCUAGCGGUUUGUCAAGCAUUUCUGAGAGUCUAACUUGCGAGCUGGGUGUGAGAGGGUACUAUGGGGCCGAUGUUUAUUUGUACUUUGGUAAAUUUAACACAGAAGCAGCUCUGCUCAUAUCCACAAGAGCAUCAGGUUCACAUAGCUUUGACGUUCAGAUCGAUGGCGUCACCGUCGAGACACUAAACAUAAACAAUACCGGGUCCACACCAGAAACAAACACAUACUUGGACAUCAGCGGAUGCAGAGAAUCAGGUGUUGUGUACAGACCUGGUGACGUGAUAAGCUCUGAACCAUCAAACUGCACCAAAGUAAUCUGUAAUCAGACUGCAGUCAUCACACCCACUGAAUGUGGAAUCCUGGAGCGUUGUCCAGGAGACGGCAACUGCAUUCUUGACCCCAUCUGCACUGUGACGGGCCCCACCAUCAUCAACUUCUAUGGGCAAGUUAACUCUGUCCCAGAUCGGUGUGUAUAUAUUCUACUGGCAGGCUAUGGUAUAGCAAUCUUCGCGAACUUCCCCGAACGCCGUCGUAAAGAUGUGAACUUUCUGGACAGUUUGACUUUGUGGACGGAUGACUCUGUUAUUGUCCUGAAACAGGAUGGGAGAGUUCUGGUGGAUGGCGAACUGCUGACCCUUAAUAGCUCAGCUCAUAUGGUUGACAUUGUGGAGAUCUCUAAGAACGAAACUGGAAUCACUGUCAAGUCCACGGAGUAUGAGUUCGUCACUCACAUCUUCUUUGAUGGCCACAAGGCACAGAUGAGCAUCACAGGACCUGCUGGAAGAGACCCAUACGGGACUGGGUUGUGUGCUUACCCCGGGGAUGUUGAACAUAUGAAGUUCCCUUACAUCGAGGCCAGAGACUGUGAUGUGGAGCACAACGACACUGUGGACAGCACCAUCGACUGUGAAGACAUGACUGAACGCUGUGGUCUCCUGAAUGAGACGAUCUUCAGUUCCUGUCACAGCCACACCGACCCAACGCCCUACAUAACCGCCUGCGCCGACACUUUGUGCAGUUAUCCUGACGUGGACGGUCUCUACUGUCAGUUCAUGGAGGCCUACGCCAGAGCCUGCAGCCUGCGGAGCAACGACACACUGGACUGGAGGACAGAAACGGGCUGCUCCUCCCCUCAGGUCUUCUGUCAGGACAGGAUCUGCAGUGACCACGAGUUCUGUGCUCAGACAGUCGGUGGUGAACCCGCCUGCUUCUGUCGGGCCAUUUUUGCCUCCCCGUACAGAUCGACAGACUCUUAUGGUGAGCCAAUGGUCUGCGACCAGACCUCUGCUUCAGUUACUCUGGUCGGGUGUCUCCUGGAGGAAAAAGGCUUUGACUACACAGCAUUACAUCUCAAUGAUGAGACCUGCAGGGGUGAGACAGACGAGCUGACCCACAUGGUGACCUUCAGCUUCAACAGCAGCAACAUCUGUGGGGCCGUGGUCACGGCAAACAACAGCCAACUGAUCUACAAGAACACCAUCACCAGCUCCUCUGACGUCAUCAUUCGCAACAACCAAGUUAACAUCGACUUCUCCUGCGUCUUUGCUCAGCCAGACAUCAAAACUAUGUCCUUCAGAGUCAGAGAGAGCUCUGUAGUCCAGCAGAUCACAUCUGGAUCUUGGAAUUACAAUCUGACCAUGAAGGCCUACACCAACGCUGGCCUCACACAAGCUGUGGAGUCGGGCACUGAAGUCCAGUUGAACCAGAAGGUCUGGGCUGAGCUGGACACUGAGGGGCUGGAGGGCGGGUUAUUUUCUGUGGUGACCGACGCCUGCUGGGCAACUGAUCAGGAAUCACCCAGUGCGAGUCCGAGACACGACCUGAUCAUAGAUGGCUGUGCGAACCCUGCUGACCAGACGGUGGAGGUGGAGGGAAACGGAAUGGGAACAUCCACCUCCUUCUCCUUCAACAUGUUCCAGUUCCCUGGGAGCUCUGGUGAGGUGUACCUGCACUGCCAAGUCCACCUGUGUGCCCACAACAACGAGACCUGUACCCCGACUUGUAAUGGAGGUUAUCGGAGACGCAGAUCUGCCAGCUUGGAAUAUGUAGACGAAGCAUCUGCCUUCAUCACUAUGGCCUGGACUGAUUAGUUUUGUCUUCUCAGGCUGUCAAACGGUGACUCCAACUGACCGACAGGCUGUUGGCGCACACAAGGGUAUCUGACUUUUGAUUCAUCCUGAUCCAAGUCUGGCUGCAAGAAUCCUUUGGUUUUAGAAAGACGUCUUCUGAAGCGACAGAUCAGGUCUGACUGCUGUGAAGUCAUGCUAGCUAACUUGAGCUUCUCUUUGAUGGAGCAUCUCAAAGUACAAUCUGUUGAUGUGUCCUCCUGUCUGGUUUACACAUUAUUGACACAGCAUGUAAAGAUCAUUUGAGGGAUGAAUUUUCAUAUCCAUCAGUUUUCAGCAGACCAAGAAAAACUGAAUGCACCACCUUUUUUCAGUUCGUCCACAUCUCACAGAAGCUUGUUGCCAUUAUUACCAUAAUUGUUCUGCAGCCAGAGAACAUUCUUAUAUUAACCUUUUUGUUUUUCUGAAGUAUGAAAACGUAAUCAAAAAUUAUAUGGUGAAGGGAAUGUUUAUGGGGACACGUGGGAGUCAUUUUUAACAUUUAACUCCUUCUACAGUAUAUCAAUAUUUCUUCUAAUGACUGUAAUCAGUUGCUAUUAAAGAUUAUUAAUGAUUAUUAAUCAUGGAGUGUUACCUGCAUAUGAGGCACCACAGUAUAACUUCAUUGUCCUUUAUAUUUACUUUUUGUUCUUUUCAGUGGCAGCAGAUUUGGUCAGCUUAUGUCUAAUUGUGAUAUCAGUUCAACACCUCAGUUCAGUUUCGUACAUUAAGAGAAGGUUAAGAGAAGCUUUUCUACGGGCAGGUGUAAAAGAAAACUGUCAAUUCAGUUAAACAAAGCACAAAUUCACUGAUCAUUUGAGAAUCUGUGUGCCUUCACUGUACCUACAUUCAAAACACAAGUCUGAAUGCUGAUGUCACUCCCAGAGUGUUUUCAAAUACAAGACGAGACACAAGACCUUCUCAGUACGUGACAACUUUACCAAAUAAAUAAGAAAAUGUCAAUCACUGGUUGAAAAAAAUCUGAAGUAUGAACACAAAGUGGCUUCUUUUCUUCAUAACCCAACAUGAUGUGAUUACUUGGCAAACUGUCAAACUGGCCAACAAAAUUAAUGAAAUAAAUGAAGGAAUCAAACCCUUACAGGAAGCCUCUGUGAGAGUUUGCUAAUGACCAGAUCUGCAGUCUGUGGUGAGAUGACUUUUGGUGUUUCAACUGUUUAAUGUUACUAUUGUUGUAUCAAGUCAAAAUAUCAUAUAAAGUGCAUGUGGGAAAAUGAAGAACCAUGAGUCUGAUUCAUUUUAUCUCAUUUCAUUGAGUUCAUCAUUUUUCUGUGAAAAGUUUGGGCAAUUCUUGACGACCUUUUAAACUCAUUUACGUUUACUGACCUUAAGUUCCUAUUAAAAAUCUAACAGAAACCACAUCGACAUCAAUUCAACCUCGGGAUGUAUGCUAGGCUAACACUAUGUUAUUGCAUUGGUGACAUGUCUGUUGCAGAUUCAUGGACUAAGGUUCCAGACUCUUGCCUGUAACACGUUGAAGAACAUUAAUGGUGAGCAGUAAAUAUCCCGUCAGAGACAGGAAGUUGCCCCUUUAACUCAUCAUCUGGAAACAACAGAUGAGUUAAAGACUUAUUAAGAAGUUACUGUAUGACCACCAAUAUGAAUUUCAGGAGUUAUAGUUUUAUCCACAUAAAAAAAAAUCACAAUUAGAGUAUUUAUUGAAUAGUCAAAAGCUUUCAACCCCGUAGGUCACAAUUUAUUAUUAAAGAGGCCCAAAGCUCAUGGAGUCGUUGGUAGUGAACUUAA